AUGCACGGAAAGACUGCUCUUGCUAUCGUCGGCGCGGCGGCCAUUGGGCGCGUGUCUGCUGGCGACGCUCCCGAAACCAGCGGCAACCCUCCCAAUGUCAUUUACCGGGCCACCAUUGAGAAGCCUGGCUUCGCGGAUGCCGACUUGCCUGGCGAGCUGAUGGGCUCCAUCUUUGCCCAGGCUCCUCCCGGCGGCCGAGGUGUGGUGUUCCGCGCCGAGUUCGAGAAUCUGCCCCUAGAAGGCGGUCCAUUCACCUACCACCUCCACAAGGCGGCUGUCCCCGAGGACGGCAACUGCACUGCCGCUCUCAGUCACCUCGAUCCGUACGGAGCGGGCGCCGAGGUCAAGUGCGACGCGUCCAAGCCCGAGACGUGCGAGGUCGGUGACCUGUCUGGCAAGCACGGCGCCAUCAAGUCGGCCCCCUUCAGCUCCGAGUACCACGACCUCUAUGCCUCUACGAAGGAGGGUGACGAGGCCUACUUUGGCGACCUCUCCUUUGUGCUUCACUACGCCAACAGCACCCGUCUAGCCUGCGCCAACUUCAAGAGGGAGGCGUCCAGCACGCCUUAUCCUACGGGCGGCCACCCCAACUCCACGGUCAUCCCUACAUACAGCCAAACCCGCAGCCCAACAGCCGCGCCAACUGGCGAGCCUACAGAGGAGCCAACUGAGGAGCCGACAGGCGAGCCCACGACUCCCGGCUCGGCUGCUGCACAGAUGAGCAAGUGGUCGGUGCCCGCGAUGGUUUUCGGUGCUGCGGCUGUGGCCUUUGGCCUGUAA